ACGCCGGGAGGAGCCGGGGGAGGAGGCUGCCGCGGGGGCCGGCGCCAGAGUCCUAGAUUCGGCCCGCGGUGCUGACCGAGUGCUGGACCAGCGGCCGGCCAGUGUCUCCGGCCUGCGCGCGUGCCCGCUCCCUGCGUCCCCAGACAAGGCGCGAGUGGCUGAAGGAGCCGGUGGGGUGCAUAGAGGGAGGCCAGAAGGGCGCGGGCGCCCUGUGCGCGGAGCAGGCGGAGGCGGCCGGGGGGCCGGGACGCCAUGUCCAUGGAGGACCCCUUCUUUGUGGUGAAAGGAGAGGUCCAGAAAGCAGUCAACACUGCCCAGGGAUUGUUUCAGAGAUGGACAGAGCUCCUUCAGGACCCCUCAACAGCAACACGGGAAGAAAUUGACUGGACCACCAAUGAACUGAGAAACAAUCUUCGGAGCAUUGAGUGGGACCUAGAGGACCUUGAUGAAACGAUCAGCAUAGUUGAAGCAAAUCCUAGAAAAUUCAACCUCGAUGCAACUGAAUUGAGUAUAAGGAAAGCCUUCAUUACAAGUACUCGGCAAGUUGUUAGGGACAUGAAAGAUCAGAUGUCAACUUCAUCUGUGCAGGCAUUAGCUGAAAGAAAAAACAGACAGGCACUGCUCGGAGACAGUGGUAGCCAGAACUGGAGCACCAGAGCAGUGGAAAAAUACGGGCACCUUGACCGAGAGCUCCAGCUAGCCAACUCCCACUUCAUUGAGGAGCAGCAAGCACAGCAGCAGUUGAUCGUGGAACAGCAGGAUGAGCAGUUGGAGCUGGUCUCUGGCAGCAUCGGGGUGCUGAAGAACAUGUCCCAGCGCAUCGGAGGGGAGCUGGAGGAGCAGGCCGUGAUGCUGGAUGAUUUUUCUCAUGAGCUGGAGAGCACCCAGUCUCGGCUGGACAAUGUGAUGAAGAAACUUGCAAAGGUGUCUCACAUGACCAGUGAUCGGCGCCAGUGGUGUGCUAUAGCUAUCCUCUUUGCAGUCCUGUUGGUCGUGCUGAUCCUCUUCUUAGUGCUGUGAUGCGAGGCCAGGGACUACAGGUUCCUCCCACGCAUAAACGAACGGAGGGGAGGAGAAGCGAGCACAUUGGCAUGGCCGUUGCAUUCCUCUCCUGGCAACAUACUGCUGCACCGAUUGUUCUCUGUGACUGCAAUUGACACAGCUCCCCGCGCUGGAGGAGCCAGUGGGAAGGAGAGAGAUGACUGCACUCCUGGUACCAGUGGACAAAAGAAUCCCCAUGCUUCCUGUCCUGUUCUGAGGAUACCCAGCCACUGCUUUGCCUCCCUGAACCCUGAUCGCUGAGGAGGGACUUUGAGUAAUCCAGAAAAAUGAGCAGAUUCUACUGGUGUUUUGCCGUUGCUCAUUCCACGCGUCUUUGACAGCCCUUUUUUCUGCUCAGCCCUCCCCCUCUGCAGAGGGUGUGCUGCUGUCCAUCAAAGGAAACCUGUCGCGAGUGCGAGCUUCUGGGUAUGUUUCCUUCCCAUCAUUGUACCAUUUCUUGGCCCCUGAGUACUGAUUAUUAUUGACAACAGAAGCUCAGAAACAGUUGUGACAGAAAAUGCAGUGUUUCAUUUUUCAGGGAUAAAUGCUGAGAUACAGUUGCUUUUCCAGGUGCAUUUUUUGUGGUAGAAAUAACUAACGGAAAAUAAUGAAACACCCUGGAGUUUGGGGGUGCUAACAACUUGUGGCUUUAACUGAUGGGAGCAAUUAAAAAGAGCAAUGGGACCCUGUGUUGGCACAGCUUGGGGAAGGGUUGAUGAUGUCACCAGAGGCCAUGUCAUCUGACCUCUGAUCGAGCCUUGCCAGCUUCGUGUUACUGCACGGGACCUCUUCCCCUGAGGUGCAGCUUGUGUUUUACAGUGACUCCUACAUAUGUUGUUGCUAAACAGCUCAGCAGCACACCUGAAUGAAUCAGGAUACUGGAUGGUUCUCAUGGACAGGUAUUUUAUUCCCGUGGCACUCUAUAUGAGGGCUGAGGAUACAUGGAUUAUAUUUACUCAGACACUGUAACAACAAAAAAAGACUAGCUCUGGGCCAAACUCCUCAUACCCUAGGAGUAAUGAUGAGGAUGUGUAGGUGAACUUGGUUUUUUUUUUCCUAAGAUGACAUCCAGUCAUCUUGAUUUCAACAUCCAGUCAAAUAACUGAGCCAAUCCAAAUUUACAUGAUAGAUGCUUUAAUUGAGUUUAAGAAGCUGAAACUGCUGAGACACUAAACUUCAAGCUUCUGAUGACUUUUAAAAUGUCUCUAAUAUGCACAUGUAUAUAGGAUAUUUUUAUAACUUCCCUGAUGAAUAAUCUGAUAUUCAAGUAGCAUUUGGACCCAGAGCCAGAACUUGUUGGUGCAGGCUGUGAGCCCCUCUGUCAUCUCCCAUUGCACUUGGAAGGAACAGCAGCAUCUGGAUGGGGUUCUAGCUCUGACUUCACAUUUUCUUGUCUUUUGGGGUGCGUUCCUCAGCACACUAACUUUUUUUUUUAACUUUUUUCCUUGUUUUGUUUGUAUUUCCUGUGGUUUUGUUUUGGGGGGCUGGGUUUUUCCCCCCUUUUUUGUGAUUUGCAAUGAUGUGCUUGCCCAGCUAACUUUUCAAUUGCACUUUUUAAUAAAUAUUUGUAA